AAAACAAAAUAUUUGGGGAAAUUAAAUUGUGCCGAUCGUAAAAAGAGGGCCUAAAACCAAAAUUUAAUAGGUUUAGUGGUUUGGCUGCUUUGUUUGAUGACAGGUUUAAGGAAAAAAUAAAUAAACCUCGAAAUAAACUCAUUGGCUGAGUUGUGCUGUAAGCAAAAUACUCUAAGCCAAACUGAUAAAGUUGGGGUGAGCUGAGGGUUUGGGCUAUAGCUAUAUCAACAUAGCCCCUUCUACUUGAACAUGAUGAGUUCAAAGCGUUCUCUAACGUCGUCUAAAAGCGGUAAACAGCAUACUGGAAAGCUGAAAGAAAUGCCGACUUCGUCUAGAACAAAAGAGCCAAAACUACCUGAUCUUAAAGAUUUCACAAAUGUUCCUGUUAUUAGACAAAUGGAUAAUGCUAGGCUAGUGCCUAAAUAUACAUCAAUCCUAUCCAAAACUGUAGAAGAAGGAGUGGUAAUGGACGAUUUGGAUCAGCUGCAACACGAUUUGGAAAAACUGUUAUCCACUAACGCUCUAAGGACCAGAUUCUUUUUGGGCGAAUACACGCAAGCAGAUAAGGACGACAAAAAGACAAACAUGACUGCUAAAAGGAAGAAGCCUGACGAGAGAACCAAGUUCAGAGAAGUGAAAGGUGGUAUCAGAUUUCUUAAACGGGACCCGUUUAAACUGAACGAGCACACUUAUAAAGAGAUUCCAAAAAUAAGCUUGCCAAGAAAUGACAAUUCUGAUAAGUUUUGGGCUUCAAUUGAACCUUAUUGUGCUCCAGUUAGUAAAGAUAAUGUUGCGUUUUUGGAUUCACUUUUGCAAGAAUUUUCGAAAGAAAUUGACACCAAGAUUCCCGAAGUUGGUGAACACUAUUCCAAAUUAUGGUCAGAUGAGCUUUUAGGCGAGGAACACAGUGUUGGCAGACCCUUUAAGAAAAUUCAAGACAAAAAAAAUGGAGUGCAUAGUUUAAUUGAAUCAUUUGGGAGUGUGCUUACUCAAAGAUUAUUGGCAGCGACAAUUCAAGAUAAAGUAUUAGAAGUUGGUGAAAGUGCAAGUAAUGCUGAAGCCACAGGUUCUACUAAAAAUGGAGACGAUUGCAAAACGGGCGAAAAUAAAACCAACAAAGCUGAAUCAACAAGGCCUAAACCCAAUAGUCACAAAGUUGGCACUUGUUUGGAUAGAAGGUUACUGAAGGAGUUAGUUGAACAAGGAAUAUUAACGAAAGAGGAUGUACAGCAGGAACAGCCAGAGGAUGAGCUCUUGAAGGAAAUCAAAAAAUGCCAGGAUGAACUGUUUACGAUUAACGAAUACAAUCUUGACGAACUUAACAAACUUCGCUCUGCUGUUUUGAACGAUAUACAUUGUAAUCAGUUAAAAGAUGAUUUGGAUAAAGUUGAUAAGCAGUUGCUUGACCUCUACAAUAGCUUUAUGGUGGCAGUAAAGCAGCCAGCUGAAGGCAAGGAUGAGAAAGUGUUUACUGAAAAAAUGAAAACCGACUUCGAAAUCAAAGCUAAUGCGUUGUUACGACAACAACACGUCCUUAAUCGCGAAAUCAACAGCAUGACAGAUAUGUCAAUGCUUUACUGAUGGUUAAAUUCAAUAUAAUUGGGUUCAGUGAAUGAUACCGCUAUUGGGUGAAUGUGCUCUUUAGACCGGUAAAUUCAAUGAACUUGGUUGUAUUGAAUUAAAACUUAAAAUUUUUCUGUUUUAAGUUUUGGUUUCAAUUUUUACCAUUUAUUACCUAAACCAUAUACGGUCAAAUUCAUUUGCAAAUACAUAAGUGAUAUUGUGGUGUUAUUUUGUAAAAAAGUAUCAAUGCUUGCAAACACAUUUGAUGAAAUUUGGAAAUUUCAAAUUUUGUUUGCGCGGAUCCUUUUUACAGAUUGUGAAUUUGCGCGUGUGAGGAACUCUUUGAAAAAAUUUGACCAUGUAUGGUUUGGAUUAGGCUUUGUUAAUAAUUAAUUUUUCCAUUUAACUUUAAAAUAAAGUUGAAUUAAUUCUACCCUUAAAUUCUGGCUCAAAAGCAGGAGUAGCAGUAAUACGGCAUUUGUUGAGUUUAGGUUUGACCAAAUCAGUGACUUUGGACUUUGGCUCCCAAGAAUUUACAUGUUUAUUAGGAAUUUCUUCGACUUUGACUUAUAGCUGUUGUUAAAUUGCAUUAGAAAGUUUUUUCAUUAUUUGUUAAUAAAAAAGAACCUGAAAUAAUCCAUUCCAAUUUGGUGUUGGCAUUAUUGUUUGAUUAUUUGACCCACACACAAUAAAUUUCGAACGAUCGAAACUCCUGGAGUAGAGUCCGCGUCAAGAGUAAAGAGUACGGUGUCGUCAUAUGCGCACAAACCCAAUUUUGAAAACUAACCGAACUAUCGUAUCGAUGGGUGCUGCUGCCGAACGCCAAGCACGUGGUUCAUUGUCGUACGGCCAGCAGGCAUAUUUAUUUAGUUUAUUUUGUAUCCAAGUUUUGUCUAAAAAGAUACCCCGCUGCUGGUUACAGCUCACGACCGAGGUCACGGCAGACAGCGAGAGAUAGACGAGGAAGAGAGAUCCGACCCGCUUCGCGCAGCUUUUCAUGUCGUCACCGUAGUCUUUACUGCUGACGCGGACUCUACUUAGAGCAGGCUCAUUAAAAUAAAUGUCAUCUACAUGUUUUCGGGUAAAAUAAUGCAUUUGAAUUUUUUACCACCGACAAUGAAUGAGAGUUAUUUGUGUUUUCUACAAAAAGUAAUUUAACUUGUCAGAAUAUUGUUUUCUUUCUGACAGGUUUGGAAAAUAGGGUAAAAGUUUCACGUUGUAUAUAUUUGUAAUAUAUUUCUGAGAAUUGAUAGGUGUGUUAUUCAAAAUUGAUUCAGACUGAUAGUUUAAGAUUCAUUUUUGAACUUUUAUUAGCAGGGCUUUCUUUUACUCAUCGAUGUAUUCAUCUGAAUCCACCAUUAUGAGACAAUUAUUCCGAUUUUCUAUGAAUUAGACAAAGAUAGACCGAUGAAAAAAAGAAAGCGCCCUACUUCUCAUUUUCUUUGAAAACCAUAUUGGAAACUUACUUUUUUUUUCUAGACAUAAUAGUUACAUGUAUGUUUGUAUCAAAUUUAUAUCGGGUAGCAAUGAAUUAAUUAUAAUAACUCGGUCUCUUCAAAAUAUAUAAUGUGAAGAGGUAUUGUAUAUUACAAGCACAAUUAGUAAUUGAAUGAUGGAUUUUGAAGAUAUUCACAAUCAACAUUUGUCAAAUUUGUUCUAUUAAUAUACAAACAGUUAUUACUGUUUUUGUAGAUUAUCGAUUAUUGCGUAAAAUAAUUGUAAUCUUAUUACGCAGCAACUAUUUAGAAAUAAUCGUAGGUAAUACUAUAAGAGCUCAGAUUUAGCCGGAUAUUUUUUGGCUUGGUCUCGAAUACUUAUAAGAUAAGAGAGCAAGCAAAAAAAUAUCCUGCUCAAAAUCUGAGCUCGAAUGGUAUUUAAUACGGCAAUUCCACGAAUGCAUAAUCAAAAUAAAAUAUGGAAAUACUUUUUAAAAUGAACAGUUAUUGAAGGUACAAUUAGAAUAAAUAUUUUCCCCUUACAAUUUGACUCUACAGAAAGAGAAGAAGACUCUGUAUUCUCAGGAAUUUUCUAUUUCGCUAUUAAUUCAUCUUUAAUUGUCCCAAAUUGCUGCGUGUUGAAAAUAUUUUUAAUUUUAUUUAAAAAUACACUUUUAAUAAGCUAAAAUGAUAGAACUUGUGAAUUUUUGUGACAAUUAUUUGACAGAUGAUUCAAAAACCAAUUUUAUAUGCAAUUGUUACUACGGUAACGAUUUCAUCAACAGAAAAUUUAUCCGAUUUUUUUAUCCAGUUAUAUUUUCUCUUCCUUCCUAUUUAUCCGCUAGCAAACUACGAUUUUUGACAUUUCAAAUGGGAUUAUUUAUACAUGAGUGGAAUUGUCGUAGGCAAUUCCACGAAUGCAUAAUCAAAAUAGAAUAUGGAAAUACUUUUUAAAAUGAACAGUUAUUGAAGGUACAAUUAGAAUAAAUAUUUUGCCCCUUAAAAUUUGACUCUACAGGAAGAGAAGAAGACUGUGUUCUCAGGAAUUGAAUUUUCUAUUUCGCUAUUAAUUCAUCUUUAAUUGUCCCAAAUCGCUGCAUGUUGAAAAUAUUUUUAAUUUUAUUUAAAAAUACACUUUUAAUAAGCUUAAAUGAUAAAACUUGUGAAUUUUUGUGACAAUUAUUUGACAGAUGAUUCAAAAACCAAUUUUAUAUGCAAUUGUUACUACGGUAACGAUCGCAUCAACAGAAAAUUUAUCCGAUUUUUUUAUCCAGUUAUAUUUUCUCUUCCUUCCUAUUUAUCCGCUAGCAAACUACGAUUUUUGACAUUUCAAAUGGGAUUAUUUAUACAUGAGUGGAAUUGCCGUUUAUAAUAAUUCAUGAAAUAUAAAGUGGUUAUCUCUGAGUUUUAAUUGUUUUUAUUAAUAAGUACAGAGUGAAUUACUAAGCACGUACGCGGUGUUCCAUAUCUCCUAUACUAACGGAGAUCGAAGAAAAAAAAACUAAAUGGAAAAAAAAACUUAUAUAAAUUAAACUCUGAAAAGCAAAAUAACAAUAGGGAAUAGGGAACUUGACAAAAAAUGUAAACCUGAAAAUAUUACUAUAAAUCAUAAGAAUAUAUGAUGUUAAAACAUAUAUCAGCGAAAAAAACAAAUUUUUUUGUCGCAAACGGCCGCGAUAAGGAAUUAAAAAUGCGGAAAAACUCAAAUUAUUUCCAGCGGGAAAAAACGCGCUGGUACUGGUCGUGAUGUCAUCUAGUAUGAUCUUCUGUCAGUGUCUGUCAGCAACCGUCCAUCAUACCGUGAGUUCGUCUUGAAACACUAAGCGCUCGGAGCAUUUUCCGUCUUUUUUCCUUAUGAUGAGAAGAACAGGGAU